GGCUGUAGGGAAAGAGCGAUGGUCUGGGACCAGAAGUCAACACUGGGACUGGGUGCCUGAAGGCAGGAAAAAUCCAGUGAACUCGCAGGUUGUAAACUUGGCUGCCAUUCUGUUAGUGCCGAGGAUUGUUUACUCCAGGCAGGCAAGAGGUGAAGGGUCCCCAACUCCAGAGAGGAAAUUACAGUCUGUUACAGCAGAUAAGAUUCCCUUGGGAGUGAGGCCUAACAAAGGGUGACUGUGUGAGACAGGACAGGCUGCAGAGGGGCUAAGAGAGAGAGAGAGAGAGCUGUCCUGGGCUCCGGGCCAGGCAAGAAGGUGGCCCACCAGGGAGCGGGGAGGCAAGAGAGACACCUAGCGCUUGUUCCUUGUCCGUGUGGUCCAUUAAUCAUCAGACGCCACAAACCCAAACCGUAUUGGUGGCCUCAGUGAAGCAGUGUCAGCUGGGACUAACUGAGUGACAGCAACGAGUGCUGACCUAGCUCCCAGACCUCAGCAGGAUGGAAGAGAAGCUGAAGAAAGCCAAGAUCAUCUUUGUGGUGGGCGGACCUGGCUCAGGAAAGGGCACCCAGUGCGAGAAGAUCGUGGAGAAAUAUGGCUACACCCAUCUCUCCACUGGCGACCUGCUGCGGGCAGAAGUCAGCUCGGGAUCGGAGAGGGGCAAGAUGUUGUCAUCCAUCAUGGAAAAGGGACAACUGGUGCCGCUGGAGACUGUGCUGGACAUGCUCCGGGAGGCUAUGUUGGCCAAAGUGGACUCUUCCAAUGGCUUCCUGAUUGAUGGCUACCCUCGGGAGGUGAAGCAGGGAGAGGAGUUUGAACAGCGGAUUGGACAGCCCACACUGCUACUGUAUGUGGACGCAGGAGCUGACACCAUGACCCAGCGACUCCUGAAGCGCGGGGAGACCAGUGGCCGUGUGGAUGAUAAUGAGGAGACCAUCAAGAAGAGGCUGGAGACCUAUUACAAGGCCACAGAGCCUGUCAUUGCAUUCUAUGAGAAGCGCGGCAUCGUGCGCAAGGUCAAUGCGGAAGGCGCAGUGGACACUGUCUUCACCCAGGUCUGCAACUACCUGGACUGCCUGAAGUAACUGGCGGCCUUGGCCCGCUCCCAGCCCACCCCACCCUUGCCCCCUGACCCCAGGCAGCCUGGCUUGAGCCCAGCGCCUCCACCCUGCUGGGCUGUGCACAGACACAGGAAGUUGCUUUAUCCUGUUCCAUGGACAUCUGAGCACUAAAGGAAUUGCCAAGGA